UUCAUUCUCGAUCAAUUCUCUUCAUAUUCCUCCUUUUUUUUUCUUCUGAACCAAGAAAGGUAUGUUGGGCCAUAUCGUUGACAAGGUCAAGGCGGCUGCUGCAAGUAAGAAUGGUGGUGGUGAUGGAGGGAAGAAGGUAAGCGGUACCGUGGUGUUGAUGAAGAAGAAUGUUCUCGACUUUAAUGAUUUCAAUGCGUCGAUCGUUGACCGGUUUCACGAGCUCGUUGGCCGGAGAGUCUCCCUGCAACUCAUCAGCGCUGAAAAUGGCGACCAUGCAAAUGGGUUGAAAGGAAAACUUGGAAAGGCAGCUUAUUUGGAAGACUGGAUCACUACAAUUACUCCAUUAACAGCAGGGGAGUCUGCCUUCAAGGUUACUUUUGAUUGGGAUGAGGAGAUUGGGGAACCUGGAGCUUUCCUGAUAGUAAAUGAACACCACAGUGAAUUCUACCUUAGGACUGUCACACUGGAAGAUAUUCCUGGACAUGGCAGGAUUCAUUUUGUGUGCAACUCCUGGGUUUAUCCCUCUAAACAUUACAAAAAAGAUCGCAUUUUCUUUGCUAACAAGACUUAUCUUCCACAUGAGAUGCCUGAACCCUUACGAAAGUAUAGGGAUGAAGAGAUGUUGGUUUUGAGAGGGGAUGGAAAUGGAGAACUCCAAGAAUGGGACCGUGUAUAUGACUAUGCUUACUACAAUGAUCUAGGGAAUCCUGACAAGGGUUCGAAAUAUGCCCGCCAUGUUCUUGGAGGCUCAGCUGAGUAUCCUUAUCCCCGUAGGGGGAGAACAGGUCGACCACCAACAAAAUCAGAUCCUAACAGUGAGAGCAGGUUGCCACUUCCGAUGAGUUUAAACAUUUAUGUUCCUAGAGAUGAGCGGUUUGGUCAUCUGAAGAUGUCAGAUUUUCUUGCAUAUGCAUUGAAAUCAAUUGCUCAGUUCAUCAGACCUGAGCUAGAAGCUCUGUGUGACAGCACUCCUAAUGAGUUUGAUUCGUUCAAAGAUGUGAUUGAAAUCUAUGAAGGAGGGAUCAAGCUUCCUGAAGGCCCCUUGCUUGAUGACAUCAUGAAGAAUAUCCCCUUAGAGAUGUUGAAGGAAGUAUUACCAACUGAAGGUGAAGGAUUAUUCAGAUUUCCAAUGCCCCAAGUGAUUCAAGAGGAUAAAUCUGCAUGGAGGACUGAUGAAGAGUUUGCAAGAGAAAUGCUUGCUGGAAUUAACCCUGUUGUCAUUCGUCUUCUUGAAGAAUUCCCUCCAGCGAGCAAGCUGGAUCCUAAACUAUAUGGUAAUCAAAACAGUUCCAUUUCCAAAGAACAAAUAGAGAAUGACUUAGAUGGACUAUCAAUUGAUGAGGCAAUCAACAAGAAGAAGUUAUUCAUAUUAGAUCAUCAUGACGCACUGAUGCCAUACCUGAGGAGGAUAAACUCUACUUCUACAAAGACUUAUGCAUCUAGGACGGUUCUUCUCUUGAAAAAUGACGGCACUCUGAAGCCAUUAGUGAUUGAAUUAAGUUUACCGCAUCCAGAGGGUGAUCAAUUUGGGGCUAUUAGCAAAAUAUAUACACCUGCUGAACAGGGAGUUGAAGGUUCCAUUUGGCAGCUUGCUAAGGCUUAUGUUGCUAUCAAUGACUCUGGCUAUCAUCAGCUUAUAAGCCACUGGUUAAACACUCAUGCAGCCAUUGAGCCAUUCGUGAUUGCAACAAAUAGGCAAUUGAGUGCAGUUCAUCCCAUUUACAAGCUUCUCCAUCCUCACUUCCGUGACACCAUGAACAUAAAUGCAUUCGCUAGGCAGAUCCUGAUCAAUGCUGGAGGAGUUUUGGAGACAACAGUUUUCCCAGCGAAGUAUGCCAUGGAAAUGUCAUCUGCUAUCUACAAGAAUUGGAUUUUCCCAGACCAGGCACUUCCUCAAGACCUUAAGAAGAGGGGAGUGGCGGUUGAUGAUCCAAAAUCAAAGCAUGGUCUCCGGUUGCUGAUAAAAGACUAUCCAUAUGCUGUUGAUGGGCUUGAAAUUUGGUCAGCAAUUGAAAACUGGGUGAGAGACUAUUGCUCCUUCUACUACAAAAGCAAUGAAAUGGUUCAACAAGAUCCUGAACUCCAAUCCUGGUGGAAAGAAUUGAAAGAGGAAGGGCAUGGUGACAAGAAAAACGAGCCAUGGUGGCCUAAAAUGCAAACUCGGGAAGAGUUGAUAGAAACCUGCACCAUCAUCAUCUGGGUUGCCUCAGCUCUCCACGCAGCUGUUAACUUCGGGCAGUACCCUUAUGCUGGCUACCUUCCCAACCGCCCUACAAUCAGCAGGAGGUUCAUGCCAGAGAAGGGCACUCCGGAGUACCACGAGCUUGAGACAAACCCGGAGAAGGCCUUCCUGAAAACAAUCACUGCACAGCUGCAGACUCUCCUGGGCAUCUCCCUCAUUGAAAUCCUUUCAAGGCAUUCGUCUGAUGAAGUUUAUCUAGGACAGAGGGACACCCCUGAAUGGACCUCCGAUGCGGUACCAUUGUCAGCCUUUGAAAAGUUUGGAAAUAGGCUGUCAGAGAUUGAAGAGAAAAUCAUUGAAAUGAACAAUGACAAGCAAUGGAAGAACAGGGUUGGUCCAGUGAAGGUGCCGUAUACUCUGCUUUUUCCUACUAGUGAAGGUGGACUCACCGGCAAGGGAAUUCCUAACAGUGUGUCGAUCUAAAGUUGCUUCAAAUCAUAUAGAUAUAAUUAUUUUAUUUCUAUGGAGAUGUUCUUUAUUUAUUUAUUUAUGUUCAAUAUUAAAUAAAAUCAAUGAUGACAAUAAGC